UCCUGAGCAGCCUUCCGAGAGCCGAGCUGAGAGGGAGUUCCGAUGACGUCAUGCCCGCGCUGCAUCUGCUCCGAUGGAAAUCCCUGGCACGGGAAUGCAGCUCGGACAGCCUGGCGGCGAGCAGCCGUCUAAGCGUCAUCUGUAUCGUCACCACCACCACCAAACUACUACAGCAGCAGCAGGAGGAGGAGGAUCACCAUCAUCUCCAGCAUCAUCAUCAUCAUUAUUAGAAUCAUCACCUCCAGCGUCGUCGUCGUCGUCAUCAUCAUCUGCCAAACCAUCAUCAGCAUCAUCAUCAUCAUAUGCUUCUUGCUUCGUCGUAUGCGCACAGCACAAUGCAACAAGCGUUGAGGAAUAAGCGCGUUCUCAUUUUUGUCACUCCGCAAUCGAGACAUGUUACUGCUGCAGGCACAGCAGCAGCAACAGCAUCUUCCUUAUCACCAUCGUCAUCAGCAGCACCGUUAGAAUAACAGUAACCAUUGCAAUCAUUACCGCGUUAUCACCGUUAUCUUUGGACGGGCGAAACCAACAAUGGGUGGUUGUCUUCUGCCUGUAACGCGCCUCCAUCCGAUUGCGAUGUAAUGAAUAACAGAGAAAAAUAUAUAUAUGAGCGGUACGUGUGAAAUAAAAACAGAAUCCACGCACAGUAAUACCAUUGUUAUUAUUGCUAUCACGAUGAUUAUGUGAGUAGUGGGUAAAUAUGAAGGCACAAUUAAUGCGGCGGCAGCUCUCGCGAGGGAGGAGAGAGAGCGGAGCUGCUUGCGCGUAGAUGCGAGCGAGCGGCUCAUCACAGCAGCAGCAGCAGCGAUGCCCCGGACCAAACAGCGGAACCCGAAGCCUCUGAGCUAUAAAAUUGAAGAGGCCAAAAAGGAACUGCAGGAUCCCGACAACCAGAUCAACACAAGCGGCACAGGAAAUGACAGCGUGAAUGUUUCAAAGGACACGAAAGGGACCGCGUGUAAGAAGCACCAGAAAAAGGACAGGAGGAGUGAAGUCGCAGUGCAAAGGCAGAGCAAGCAACAUCUCAUCAAGGAAAGGUCAUCAGCUUUAAGGGGACAGGGAGUGGGUGAGGAUGACAGAGAACGUGGGAGUGAGCCGGCCACCGAUCCCAAGGAGAGCCACGCUCCUGCUGCCGCCUCGGUGCAAAAUGGAAACGUGGAAAGCGAAGCCAAAAAGCAAUCUGUUUUAGCAGAGACCGGCCUGCCGGCUCGCCGGGGCUGCGUGAGCGAUGAGCCUGCGACCGAAAUAAGCGAGGAGCCACGCGCUGUUUUACGGCAGGCCUGGCCGCGCGUGGAGAGCGAGGCGGAGUCUGUCCGUAACGAGACCGCUGCACCAGGGGAGCCGGUGUGUCAUGGGGAAGAGUUACCGCCCGAGCCUCCGAGGGAUGCUGCACUGCCGCCGCCACGCUUUCCUGCCAGUCCUGACGCGCAGGCCAAGGUGGCCGAGAAUUGUAAAUCCCCCCUGCGCAACGUAGUGGAAGUCAACGCAGAUUUAUCGCAGGCCGCUCCCCUCGAGGCCUUGUUAACAGCCAUGGAGUCUGAUCCCAACCAGAGGGACCCUUCCACCGCCACCGCCGCUGCCACCACCACCACCACCGAUGCAGCCGCCACCACCGCCGUGCUCUCUGAACUCUCAUCAAGAGAUCCAUCGCAAGGCCAAGAAGCAAGGGACGCCGGUCAGCUCCCAGCAGCUAAGGCUCAGCCCCAAAUGGCUUUCCUGCAGCCUGCGUUACCAGGACAAAGUAGCUUUUCGAAUGUAGCACACAUGCCGACGAGAGAAGCUACGCAGCAGCAGCAACAGCAACAGCCUCAGCAGCAGCACACCGCUUUUCAGCAAACUUCACUCGUCUUGGCUCACCAGCCACAGCCUCAGCUGCAGGUCUUGUCCGAAUCUCUGCCGCAGCCCUGCACUUCCUCGCAAGCUCAAGACGUUCCUACCGCAGCCCACAUCGUAGUACCUCUUUAUGGACAAUUUGCCGUGCCGUCACGUGUGAUUCAGUCGCCGCCACCCGGGUCUUCAGAGCCAGCACAGCAGCAACAACAGCAGCAGCAACAGCAGCAGCAACAACAACAGCAACAACAACAACAACAGCAGCAACAACAGCAACAGCAGCAGCAGCAACAGCAGCAGCAGCAGAAGGAAAAGAAGCCAAAAAAGCCAGGAAAAUACAUAUGCCCUUUCUGCAGCAGGGCGUGCGCUAAACCGAGUGUGCUGGAAAAGCACAUCAGGUCGCACACAGGAGAGCGGCCAUACCCCUGCGUCACGUGCGGGUUCUCGUUCAAAACGAAGAGCAACCUCUACAAGCACAUGAAGUCGCACACGCACGCGCUGAAGGCUCGCCUGACGAGCAGCGCGGAGCACUCCGGCAGCCUGUCCGAAGCCGGCACCUCCUUCAGCAGAUCUGACACCGAGGUGCGGUCCGAGGCCGGCGAGAGCACGGACACGGAGGAGGAGCAGGGGAGAGCCCUGCUCUCCUCUUGCCCCAACCUCUUGCGGUCGAUGUCCUCCCAAGGGUCGCUGGAUUCCGCCAGGCACGGCGGCAGCUACUCGCUCGAGUCCGCGCCCAGCGUAUCUUCCCCACUGCCCACCGUCAUCAUCGAGCACGCGAAGGCCCCCGAGAGCGUCGUCGAGUUCGCCGAGCCAAGGCAGCAGGAGCCGCCGCCGACAUCGUCGUCGUCGUCGUCGUCGCAAAGGUCCGAGGCGCACCAGCUGGUGAAGAUGAAGCUCGCCCUGGCGAUACGCUCGCCCGACCGCAAGAGGCGGGACAUGGAGCUGGCGCUGCAGCAGUGCCACGGCAAGGGCUCCGACCUGCCGAGCUCGCUGAGCAAGGGCAGCACGGACUCGGGGUACUUCUCCCGGUCGGAGAGCGCGGACCAGCAGCCCGGCAGCGCCAACCCCCAGUCGUACAAGGAGAUCGUGCUGGGCAAGAACGUGAGCACGAGGUCCAGCCUCCUCGCGCCCAGCCCCCUGAUGCCGCCGCAGAAGCACUCGCUGGUCCUCACCGCGUCCUCCAAAGGACCCACGGGUGACAGCCUCGAAGAGCACAUCAACAAGCUGAUCUCCCGAAACGAGGCCGUCAUCGACAACACCGAGUUGGACAGCGUGAAGCCCAGGAGGACUUCGCUGACUCGUAAGGGCAGCAUCGAUUCGCCGAGGCCGUACACCUUCAAGGACUCGUUCCAGUUCGACCUGCGGCCGCUCGGUGCCGGCGAGCUGAGCGCCGGCUCGGGCCUGGAGUCACAGCGGCAGUCCAUGUCCGCGGACGUGUCCAAGUCGACCAUAUGCCUGCUCAACGUGCCGCAGAGCUACGGCGCGACCGAGGGCCUGUCCGUGACGCGCAGCAACUCCAUGCCGGCCGUGGCGGGGUACUCGACGGCGGGGUUCUUCGAGCCCCGGGCGUCGAGCAUGACGAGGGAGAGCCACUCGUUCGACGAGCGGAUGUCCGCUUCCCAGUACGACGACGUGUUCGUCUCCGAUCCCAAUCUCUCCGCCAUGGCCUCGCACCACCGUCCACUGGUCAGGCAGAAAGCGUUCGAGCUCCCGGCGAGAACCGCCACGCGCGUUAAAAAGACCCUGUCCGCCGAGGAGAGCGUGCAGGAGGGGGGCUCCUGCGGCGCCGGCCAGCUCUCUGCUACCAAGAGCAGGUCGCUGGAGCAAGAGCCGCCGCAGACGCCGGGCACGAGCGAGGCCGCGCGGCGGCUGCAGAGGCUGCCGCGAGGCAAGGGCCUCAUGUACGAGUGCGAGACGUGCCGGGCCAGGUACAGGAAGCUGGAGAAAUUCGAAGCGCACAAGAAGUACUACUGCUCGGAGCUGCACGCCCCGCGGAGGCGGCCGUCCGUCACCCAGCAGGGCCGCGAGCAGCCGCAGAUGAUGCACUACAAGGUGUCGUACCCGGGCACGGUGCUCAAGCGCGCGCACCUCAUCAGGAAGCGCCGGAAGGAGAAGAGCCUGGGCAGCGAGGAGGACGCCCUGGCGGCGGAAGACACCGGCAAGAACGCGCUCGGCCCCGAGCUCGGCCCCACGACGGGCGAACCCGCGUCGCACUCGGAGGCGCCCGCGCGAGGUGCGCGCCUAGGCCACGCGGCGCGCUGCCCGGCUACGGCCGCCGCCGGCCCGGUGAGGCCCCCUCCCCAGCCUGCGAAGGCGCCGCCGCAAGUCGAGACGCAGAUGAGCUUCGAGUCGGCCUCCGAGCCUCGGGGCACCACCGCCGUUGAGGCCGGGGCCCAAGCCCAGCCGCCCGUCACGGAGACGGGCGGGGGCUUCGAGAGAGCGAGCUCCGAAGGGUCGUCUCAGCACGAGGGCAGCGGUGGCGGCGGCGGGCAGAUUUCUGUUAUUCAGCACACGAAGUCGCUCAGCAGGCCAAGCUCACUUGAAGCCAUGGAGUCCACGGAGAGCGAAGCGGCCUCCUCGGCCACCGUGCAGCACAAAGAGGCUCCCCCGCUCGACCCCGGCAGGCCGCUCGUCUACCCGACGUCACCCCAGCACCAACUGCACAAGCUGGUGAGGCAGCCGAACAUUCAGGUGCCCGAGAUACUUGUCACGGAGGAGAAGGAGCAGGAGGAGGAGGCAAAGCAGCAGGAGAAAGCGCAGGAGGAGUCUUGCUGGCCAAUGCGCAGUGAAACUCUGUCUCAACUUCCAGCUGAAAAGCUUCCGCCAAAGAAGAAGAGACUCCGGCUCACAGAGAUGGGACUAUCAUCGCUGGAGUCGAGCACCGAUUCCUCAGUCGGCCGGAGCCUAAGCAGAGAGAGUUCUCUGUCGCACUGCUCCGGUUUGUCCACUUCCAUAGACCGAGAGGAGGCCAUGACGUCGAGCGGGCUGCCUGCAAAGCAAGACUUCACCAGCAAAUCCACCCACUAUCUCACUGUCCCGACUUGCAGCCACAGGCUCAUGGUGCCGAGCGUCCACUCCGAGCUCCGGAGGGCCGUGUCGGAACAGGCCGUGGGUUCUCCUGGCACCUCCCAGUUCACGACGGAGAUCCGGAGCAAAUCGUUGGACAUCGGCGCGAUGUCGGCCAUGCAUCGCCAAGCGGCUGCGUCUCCCGCCGAGGAGGAGCCGAGGAGGAGCCCGCUGACCCGACAGGCUUCGCUCUCGGCAUCCACCGAAGCCCAGGAGCAUCACCACGCAGGCUUAGCGGAGCGCUCUCAGCCACGACCGCAGCAGCCCGCUACCCAGCCGCCAGCCGAAAUGGUUUAUCGCUACGGAUCGCCGGCACCGAGUCCACUGCCGAUGCAAACGGGGUAUCCUCAAGUCUGGUCCCAGCGUGGAUCCCUUCUCCCAGAAGCCCUGCCCCAAGUGCUGUCCAUUCAACAGGUGGCCAGGCCCCUGCAUGGGCAGCAGGUGAUACAGCUUCCACUGCAAGUGCCGCAGCUCCACCAGGCGGCAGAGCUGCACUUGCAGCAACCGGUGCCGAGGCAGUCUUCCGUCGAACAGCAGCAGCGGCAGCAGCUGGCACAGCAGGGCAUGCACCUGCCGUCAACUGCGCUCCGACAGCAAUGGCACCAGUGCCCGAUGCAGAGGGCCCAGUCGGUGGAGUGGGGGCUACAAGGAGCUCAGAUCUCGUCCCCACCUCCGUCCGCCCAGCAUGUGAUACAAGCGCUGCACCCACAGCCACAGUACGUGCCUGGAUACCAGCCGCAGGAGCAGUCGCAGUACGUGCUGUCCCCCAGCAGCCCCGUGGCCUACUCGUUGCAAGCGCAAGAGGCGUCCAGCUCUUUGGGGAUCCCUGUGAUGGCCUCUCCGGCGUUCCCCCCCGCUCAACAGCUCGACACCUUCGUGCUCUCACACACGCCCGCGUUCCUGCAACCGAUGGCUUCCGUCCUCGUGCCAAUCAGAGUCCAAACGAGUGGCUCGUCCAUGGGCUACGCCAUUUACGCCGCCACCCUGCCGCAGAUUUUCAUGACGUCUACGCUCAACGCGCAGCCGGCGCUGGUCUUCUGCCGGCUGGAGGAAGGCGUCAUUCACGGCACGCUGCCGCAAACUCUGCAUUUCGACACGACGCCUUCCGCCGGUGGAGCCGCCAUGCCCGUUCCGAAUCCCCCAUGCGCUCCAGCUCCUGUCGCUGCUGCUCCUCCUGCUGCUGGCGAUUCCGAAGUCCCAGGACCAAGUUCGUCGACGCAACCCAUCUCAAUGAUCUUCUCGGGCGAGCCUCCGGCGAGGAAGCCGCACGCGCCACCCGCGCCUCCGCCACCACUCGGCGAGGGUGGGCAGCCGCCAGAAGGGGCCAGGCAGCGGGAGCCGCAGCCCGGCGCGGACGUUCGGAGACCCGGCUCGAGUCCCCCAGCGGAGGGGCGGCUGCACCCGUGCUACGCGCUGCCCACGGGCGCGGGAGCCCAGCGCCCCGGCGCCGCCACGCUCUCUCCCGCGCGGCCGGGGACGCCGGCGCACGAGUGCCACGCGGCACCGGCGGAGACGGCGUCGUCGCGGGCCCCGCCGGAGUCCGCGGGAAACGCGGCGUUCGAGCGGGCGCCGGUCACCGCGCCGUGCAGCGUGACCGAGAGGCCGAGGAUAUUUUUGAUGUCUCCCUCUCACGGAAGGCAAUCAGCGGGACAGUCGGCGCAGCCGGCGCAAGGGACGGCGUCGUUCACACACCUGUCGCGCGUGGAAUAUUUGGCCGGAGAGCCGGAGGAGUUCAGAGCCACUCCACAGAUUGACCAGAUUAAAUUCCCCGGGGCUAUGGUGCAGGCGGCAUUGACGGGCAGCAAGCCCGUGCUGAUGAGCCCCCUGCAGAGUUCAUUGUCUCCCAACAUCGAAAUGCCCGUCCGCCCGGCAAGCCCCACCAUGUGUCCUCCGCAGCGGCCCACCACCCCUCUGCAGCAGAUGAGCCCUCCCCCGCUGGGACCCAUCUCCGCCGCGGGAAAGAGGCUGCUGUCACCCGCCAGCAGCCUCGACAUCACGGUGGAGAAGCAGCAGCAGAAACGCGUGAGGGAGGAGACGAGUCUGGCCGAGCGGGUGUCGGGAAUGCUGCACGUCCACACACAGGAGCACGACUUCGGCAAGGCCUACAAGCCCGUGCUGGUCCGACAGAUACCGGUCGAGGUCCCCGGUACUCCCACUGCCGAGCAAGUGGCUGGGACGUCAAGGUGGGUCGAGCAGCCAGCGUCGUGGCAAGAGCGCCUGAUGCCAGGUCCGUCACGGGCGUCGGCACAGACCACGAGCGCCACGCACAAGGAAGAGCACGCGAAACGCAGCAUCCACGCGGAAGCGGAGCAGCUGAGACAGCACGAGUCCAAGCAAGCGGGCCCCAGCGAACAGAUUCAGCCGUCCUGCGAAGGCUUGGGUAUUGCCGUCGGCGGCGGCGGCGGCGGCAUCAUCCCGACUUCGCCGGAGGCACGUCAAGGAGCUGCCGCUCAGGCGCGCGCCAGACUGCCGAGCCAAAUGAGCGAAGAGGUCACCGCCGCGUCGCACCCGGAGAGCGCCGCUCCACCCGGAGGCCAGAGCUCCAGGCUGCAGACGGACACCACCGUGUUCUGGUGCUACCUGCACCGUGCGCAGCCCUGCCGAGCGGCGCACACCGGCAGGGGCGCCUCCUCCUACAGCCACUGGGCGCUGGGCGGCUGCGGCGCCAGCACGCUGGGCCUCUCGCUGGUGCGGUGCAGAGCGAGGGGCAACCGGGCGUACACGACGGCGGCGAUUUCAGCACCCGGACAGCGGCGGCUGGUCCACUCUGGCGCUUGGAGGUCUCCGUGUGGACAGCCACGCUCAGAGAUGAAGGUCAAGAUGGGGGACGUGCAGGCUUGCACGGAGUGGGCGCCGGGGUCCGGGGUCGAGGUCACGCUUCCUGGAGAGGCUCCGUCGCGGGAUUGCGAGCCCGCUCGGGCCGCGUUCGAUGAUGGGUUGCCUCCGUCAGAGCAGCGCGGUUUCCCGCGGGACCACGGCUGCGAGAGGCCAGGCGGCGGCGGCGACGACUCCAGCGGGCAUUGCCAGGAGCCCGGAGCCCUGCGCGAGCGGUCGGUCUCCCUGCAGUGCCCCCGGUCCCACCACUGCCACGUGUGUGGCGUCUCCUUCAAAGGCAACGUGAAACAUAUCAAAUCAAAGCUGCAUGGCGAGCAGUGUUUGGAGCUGGGUCUCACCCCCAAGGAGCAGGGAGUCACAGUCGAAGGAGAGGGCAGCGGCGAGAGAAACCGAGGGAGCGAGCACGCAGCCGAGGAGCCGGAGGAGCCGCAGGAGGAGGACAGCGGCAGCGAGAGCCGUCGCCACUCAGUCCAGUUCACUCUGCCCGUCGAGCAACCCGAGCCUCAGGCAGGCCCUUCUGGUGUUCGCACUUCCAGGACAGUGGCGGCGGCAACAGCGGCCGCAGCAGGGGCUUCUGAGUCUCCAACCCGAGCGGCACAGGAGCCACGGCCGGUGAAGCCGAUCACCGCCACCGCAUUUUCGUCCCAAGCGUUCGCAGGCAUCGGCGAGUCUCCUGCCGGGCACCCCCCCGCCGGUUCAGGUGCGCGCGAUCUCCCCUUGGACGCUGGCGAAGCAACCGGUUCCACUUACCAAGGUCGGUCCGGAGGACCCAAGGCCCCAGCCAACGCGUCGGUCACGCCCGCGACGGAGACCCUGACCCAGGCGGGAAGCGUUUCCGGGACUCGGCCGGGCGGAACGACCGACGCGGCCACCGCCGCUUCCUUCCCUGCGGGAGGAUCGGCAUCGCCGCUCGAAACUUCGUCCCUGAGCGGUCGGGCCACGCCAUUCCCGAGGGAAGCCUUGCCCGAGUGCUGCCGCCGGUUCCCGCGCUACGCUCGGCCGGCGGCCGCCCGCGAAAUGUCGCCGCCGCCGCCGUCCUCGACGUCCGUGUCUAUGUUCGCGAGCUCGCCCCCGUCGCCUGUCCAACUGCCAGACACACUCCUGCCCGUGCUUCGCCCGUCGUCCGCCACCGCCGCCACCUUCUUCUUCCCGGACGCGGGCGACGUUCCGAGCAGGCCCGGCCAGUGCCUCCCGCCCGGCCACGGGGCGCCUCCCUCCCGGGAAGCCGCGCUGGCCGCCCUGUACGCACGCUGCCCCGGGCCGGAGCGCUCCUUCCCCUACUCGGUGCCGCCGCCGCCUUCGCCCGUCCCGUGCCGCUCGCCCGGCGGCGGUGGGGGCGGCCUGGCGGGCGCGGAGGCCGCGGCGCACGGCUCGCCCGUGGAGAUGUCUCCCAGGACGCCGCCGUGCGAGGUGGUGAGGAUGCUGUCGCUGGACGGACCGCCCUCCCCCCUGGAGACGGACGAGGGCAACCUCACGCCGGGCGCCGCUUUCCCGGCAACUGGGGCGCCGUGCCUGGCUGCUCGGUAUUCGGACGACGUCAGGACUCAGCCGGGCUACACCCUGGUGGCCGACGUCAUCCCGCUGCUGCUGCCCACGAGAGCGGAAUCGCGAGCCAUCGCCGGGCUCGGUUCGGCGAAGCAGGACCCUGUGUUCAGCCACCUGCCACUGCACUCCCGCCAGCCCAGCCGCUCCCUGCUUCCCGUCGCUCCCCUCGGCGCCGUCGUGCCGCCACCUGCCGCCGAAAAACCGCGGCUCGCCGAAGCGACGACGGCCGCGCCGCCCGGCGGCUCGGCUAGCCGGACCCCCGAGCCGACGGCCGACGGUCACGCGGGCGCCGGGCCCGUCGCCGACGCGGCCCCCCGGCUGGACCGCGCCCGGUCCCCCACGGGGCUGCAGCCGGGACCCGGCGGGGGGCCGACGUCGUUCCCGAGCGAGGAGGUGCCGUUCGGAGGCGCCGGGUUCCGGGCCGGCGGCGCCGCGGCGAGGCUGAGCCCCUCGCAGCUCGCCGGGUUGGUCCAGCCCCCCGUGUGGAGCGCCACGCUGCCCAGGGCCGGAGCGUCUCCCCUGCAGGGCUACUCGUCCGUGUACGGCCACCUCGCCCCCGCGCGCCCUUUCCCUCUCGACGCACCCCCCUCCUUUGCGGCGUUCGGUCCGGCUCUGCUGAGCGGGCAAGCCCCGCCGCCGCAUCCGCCGCUGUCGCCGCUGCUGCCGCACGUCGGCCCGGCCGCCCGCUCGGGUUUGGUGUACCAAUCGGCGGGAGGCCUCUGCGCUCUGAGCGAAGCUCCAGCCGCCGUCGGUCAGGGGGCGUACUUGGUCGCCAGAAGUGUACCUUCUCUGGGCAUUGCCUAUCAGCCUGGACCGCCGGGUCAUUGUGCCCCGGGUCAGCCGUUCCCUCCCGACGUGCUCGCUCGGAGCGGCGAGGGCUCUGGCGCUAGUCUUCCGGCUCCUGCAGAGGAGCGGAAGGCAUCUGCGCUCAACUUGGCCCCCAUCUCGCACGCCGUGGAGUUACCCUCCGCGUACUCUCCCAUGCCUCCUCCUCUGCACGUGGCCUACCCGGCCGGGUGGAACACAGUUGCUGGGGUGCUGGCACCUUCUUCGCCCGCGUUGAUGUUUUCCUCUGGGAAGGAAUUCCACGAAGGUCAGGUCGGUUUGAUGGCAGCUCCCGUGCCGACGCAAGGCUCUUCGCAGACCAGAUUUCCCUUCCCUUUCGCCGACGUCGAUCGCCGCAGAGACGUCACCUCGGCAACUGCUUCGUCUCCUCCCGCUUACCAAGGACCGCCGCCGCCGAUGGGUCGGCCAUCGCUCGCCGCUCACGUUCACCAGGGUAGGGAGGGGUGCUACGCGCCGGGUCAGGUUCCGCUCGGCGGGCACCGUUCCUCCCCGGCCGGCGCCGCGUCCCCCUUCCGGAGUUUCCUGCCGCAGCCGGGAGAGGGCUUCCCCGCCGCGGCGACCCGGCCGCCCCUUGCUGGCCUCGUGUGCCAGGCGGGCACCGAGCCGCUGCUGCCGGCGCUGCUGGGCACGGCGCAGGGCGUGCUCGGAGUCCCCGUGGUGCAGCUGCUCCUCCCGGCCACGCAGUUCUCCGCGCUCGCCCCGGCCAUGACCUUCAUACCCAUCCAGGGCAUCGUGCGGGGGCCUCUGCAGGGGACCGCAGCCUCGCCCGAUCGGCCCGACGGCCCCGCGGGGGAGCACGCGGGCGGCCUCGGCAUCCCCGCGGGCUCGGGCGACGGCGGGCGCCCGCGGCCGGCGCCGUCGUCGUCGCCGGCGCCGGCGGUCGCCUGCUCUCGCUGCCCUCGACUCUUCCCGAGCGCGGCUCUCCUCUGGCUGCACGUGACCGCCGCGCACGCCGAGGCCGGGGAUCGCGCGCCCCCGGGCGACGGCGCGGCCCGUGCCCCGGCGGCCGCCAGCCCGGAGCCGCGCGGCGCUCGGACGCUUCUGGCGGCGCAGGAGGCCGGACCCGACGGCACGGGCGCCGUCGCGCCGCCGGUCACGCAGAGCGGGGCGGCCUCCUCCGUGCGCUCCCAGGGGCUGGGCGGCAGCGGCGGCCGCCUCCAGGCUCCGAGGAGCGAGACGGAGGGGCGGGAGUCGCCUUGUCUCAGGGAGCACCAGGGACCGGAGCAGGGCUCGGGUCAUUAGCUGCUGCUGCUGCUGCUGGGACAGGUCGAGGGGUGGUAGGGGGUGGGGGGGACCAACGUGGAAGUUGAUUAUUUAAAAUGAUAUUUUGCUGUGCCAUGUCAUGGAGACCUUGUUCACUUAAAACAAGUCUAUUUCUCAGCUGUUUUUGUAUUGUACCUGUAGGUCGUUGUCAACAUUCGCUGGACGCGCGUGUCCAUUGACGUUGGUAUUGUAUAACAUGAAGAUGUUUCGCCCGUGACAGUAUGUAAAUAUGGGGGUAUAUUUAUUUAAUAACAAAAGCAGUGGUGGAAAACUGACGAUGAGUAAUAGUAAGUAAUUUUUCAUGAGCUCCGUCUUUGAUCACCGUUGUCUUGAAGCUGUGUUUAUUUAUUUAUUUAUUUCCCCGAGGUCAUUGUUUUUCACGUGAGACCAGAGACAGAGUCACUUCUUGUGAAGUGUGAAUCCUCGUCACGAGUUCAGUGGUGGUGGUUUUUUUACAUUCGCUCUAGAAGAAUCCAACCGUAAUUGUCGUUUGCUAGCUACCGUAUUAUAGCGUGCGGGGUUUUUCUUUGAAGUUGUGGAACGUUUUUAUUAAAAAAAGGUAGUUUCCGUACAUGGGAGGUUUUUAUGUAAAUUAAAGUUUACACUUUUUUGGUCUUAUUGUUGUGAACGGAGGCUGAAGUCUUGUUGAAAAUUGCAAUGCUGCACUUGUCAAUAUUUUUAUAUAGAUUAAAGUAAAUAAGUGAAUAAAUCUUGUUCAGUGUAAAAAAAAAAAUAACCCUGUGGCAGUUAUCGUGGAUGCGGCGCAGUUUUUGACUUGGCAAGUUGAACUCUUGCCCGCCCAUCGUCGAUCUCCAUCAACACACUGAAGUCGACGCCAUUCGUUUGUCAGACACAACAUCGCUGGCCGGAGGGUGAGUGAACCUUGGUUGCUUCGUCUGCACGAGGAAGGCGUUCAUCAUCAUUUGAAGCAUCAACCCCACGACUCUGAUGGGAGAUUAUUUUUUUCGGGGUGGGCGGGCGGGGGGGGGGUCUCUAUAUAGCCUGUUGCAUCGUGUACCACUUGACAACGUGCAUCGGAGAGCACGAGACCACGAGAAUCCCUGCGCAGUGCCAUCAACCCACAACCCGUGUACUCUUCAUCGAGGCUCUUAAUUGCACUUCACAUAUAUAACCAGCAGAUGGAGGUGCCUCAUCGGCGGUAGAUGACCAUGAAAGUCCAAGCACAAUCAAGAUUACUCAUGCCCACUAAUUGGGCAUUUAACAUACAAAUACAAUCAUUAUCAUCAGUCAGCCACGGUUAAUCCACUGCUGGAGGAGGUCUUCCUCAAGUCGGCGUCAUCCUCCACGGUGCCGUGAUCGAGCGAUCCACCCGGCACCAGCACACGAGCCGAUAUCAUCGCCCGGUCUCCGCAGCGGAUGCCCUCUUGUGAUUGAGAAGAAAAAUAUUAUUCAUCGGUGAACGUUUUCCCAUUGAGUGCCGGUGAGAAACGAUUUGCUCAGUGGCAGUUCCACGAAUUGGGAAACCUCACAGUCUAAAGUUUCCAAUAUACAAACACAUAAUGGGUGUCAUUUUGAAGAUGGUUAUGUACUGAAGAGUUUUAGAAAGUGUGAUUUAAUCAUAGCAUAAGUUAAUGGUUUGAUAAACACACGAGACAUUGAAUGCACCAUCACCACCCCAGCUGGAUGGAAAACAAAUUCAGUUUGUCUGAGUACGUCCAACAUUGUGGUAUUUUGAGAUCAUUACUUAUUAAAAAAAAAGUGGACCAAUUAUUUCCGUCUGCUUUAUAGUACUAUAAUUAGUUUACACACUACGCUCAAGUUAUGUCCACUUCACCAAUAUACUAACGAUCACCCAAAAAAAAUAAAGUGUCUGAAAUGUGCGUCCAAUAUCUGGAAAA